UCUACAUUUCCGAACAUUCCCUCUACUGGAGUUCCUACAUUCCACGAAAAUGUUGCGAUUUACCCGAUUUCUACCAACAUUUGCCGGCAAUCGCCUUUACACAACGAAUAUCUCUCAGCCGGUUGCGGUGCGAAUCGUGGAGGUAGGCCCACGAGAUGGCCUGCAAAACGAGCCUACGCUGCUACCGGCGGCGGUCAAAAUCGACCUGAUUAAUCAACUGUCCGAAACCGGGCUGCGUACCAUCGAAGCGACCAGUUUUGUGAGCGCUAAAUGGGUCCCACAGAUGGGUGAUAACGCGGAGGUGCUGAAGGGUAUUACCAAGCUGCCGGGUAUCUCCUAUCCAGUGCUGACACCGAAUCUUAAAGGAUUCCAGGCAGCGAUAAAAGCAGGAGCCGAGGAAGUAGCAGUUUUUGGUGCAGCAUCAGAAAGCUUCUCUCGUAAAAAUGUCAACUGCUCUGUGGAUGAAAGCAUUGCUCGAUUCCAGGACGUAAUGGAUGCAGCUAAAAAGGCAAACGUGAAAGUGCGUGGAUACGUUUCAACGGUUGUCGGUUGUCCAUAUGAAGGAAAAAUUAAGCCCUCGGCAGUGGUCCGCGUUGUGGAAAAGCUGAUCGAGAUGGGAUGCUAUGAAAUUUCACUUGGCGAUACGAUUGGCGUCGGUACACCGGGAACCUUCACCGAUAUGUUGCGCGAAGUGACAAAGAUCGCACCGGUUAAUAUGCUUGCGGUUCAUUGCCAUGAUACGUACGGGCAAGCGUUGCCCAACAUACUGACAUCACUGGACUUUGGCAUCGGUGUUGUCGAUGCGUCCGUUUCGGGGCUAGGUGGUUGCCCGUACGCAAGAGGUGCUUCGGGAAAUGCCGCCACGGAAGAUGUGGUGUACAUGCUGCACGGUCUUGGCAUCGACACGGGCAUCGAUUUGCCAAAGCUGGUGAACGUUGGAAAGUUCAUUUGCGAGAAACUUCAACGCCAAUCCGAAUCAAAGGUCAACCGGGCGAUGAGGAAAACUAACCCGAACGCAUGUUAGGUACAGGGUUACGGAACAAACAUUUUAAAAAGAUUAAUCAGGGGUAAACGUGCAUUUACUAGUGUAAGCAAUUUUUUAAAGUCAUCCAUUUAAUGGAUCUGCGUUCUGUUAGGAUCAAAAGCUGUGCGGAAUUAAAUUUUAAUAUAUCUGUUACAUAAAUUGAAUUUGAACCAAUUGCAAAUUAAAAUGCAAAUAAAUUUAAA